AUGUAUUAUCUCCUGUUCAGUUUCACGCAACUCCUCGUCCGCGCGGCGUCCAACACCAUCCGUGAGAAACCCGACUGGUGGAUCAAACUCAACAACCCUGAGAUCGUCGCCAAAUGGCGUCAGGAAUUCUUGGAUACCAACGCAGGGCGCGAGUUGCGGUUCCAGAUGACAGAUAAGCAGAUUGAUUAUUUAGUGAAGGAGUUGCAGUGGUAUGCGGAAAGGCGUCAGGAGCAGGUUGAUUUGAAGAGAGAAGGACAGGGGAAGGAGGGGGAGGUAGUAAUUGAUGUGGGAAUUGAGGGGACGAGGAGGGCGGAUGGGUUGGUUCCGGAGGAGCUGAAGAGUCGGUUGGUCAAGUGUGUCAGGAAACUGGAGGAUGUUCCUGAUGAGAAGAAGGAUUGGCACCCUGGUUCCAACAACAAAGUCUUGGAUCUCGUUCAUCCUUCCUUGUUCCCCUUUGUUGCUGGUCGGACCCGAGUCAUGGACAAGGAUGCCAUCCCAGCACUGGAGUCUAUCGGACAAGGGGAACCUAAAGACGUCCCACCCAAGCCCAACAAGCACCGGGAUAUGUAUUACUCUAAAAAAUUCCAGUGGCUCUCUACCGACUUUGAUGUCACCCCCGAGGGCAAAACCAAGGCCAAGACGUACAUCAACAACUUGCACCCAGUCGAACACAAGGAGAUGUACCCGGUUCUGGAGGAGAUUCUGGACAAGUUUUUGCCAUUGUUUGAGGAGGUCUUGGGGGAGAUGGAGGUUGAAGGAAAAAACAAGCGGUUCAAGGUCAACCCCUAUGAAUGGCACGAAGAGAUGCCUGAUUUCGGCGACGAUAAUGAGGCUCGUUGGGCGUAUGAGAAGGUCCGUAUCCCCAAGCCCCUCGAGAUCCCAGAGUUCACACCACCCGAAGAAAUCCCCAAGUACGACCUCAAGAACACCGGCAAGCCCCUCCAAGUCAUCGUGAAGCUUGCCAACAUCGAGUUGACACCCGACAACCCCAAGUACGAAGGCGGUACCUGGCACGUCGAGGGCAUGGCAAACGAUAACAUUGCCGCCACCGGGAUUUACUACUACCACUCCGACAACAUCUCCGAGUCGCGUCUCAACUUCCGGAUCCAGGUACACGAGCCUGAAUACGAUCAGUACGACGACAGCGGAGUCUUGCACAUGUACGAUCUCGAAAACGAAGGUCCCCUUGUCCAACCCCUUGACGGAAUCAUCACAAAACAAGACCGGUGCCUCGUCUUCCCGAACAUUUACCAACACGAAGUCCAGCCCUUUGAACUCCAAGACCCCACCCGUCCCGGAACACGCAAGAUUCUGGUCUUCUUCCUCGUUAACCCAGAAGAACCUACGCUCUCGACAACUCGUGUACCCCCACAACAAAAGGAAUGGGUUCAACAUCGUGUGGCCUUUGAGCAUUCAGUGCAGGACAAGUUGCCGACAGAGUUGCUGGACGAGAUCUAUUCGAUGGUCGAUUGGCCGAUGGAUCUGGAGGAGGCCAAGACGCUCCGGGAGGAACUGAUGAAUGAACGCAAGUACCUUGUCAAGAAUCUCACGGCUGAUGUUUUUGAGCGACCCUUUUAUCUCUCUGAGCAUUAA